AUGGCUGGCAUUGCUGGUCCUUGUUCUUCUGGUGUGCUUUUUAGAGCAAGAGAAGCAGGAGGAAACAUUAAUGGAGCUUCCAUGGCACAGUUUGAUGGGCUUAGGCAAGUGGAGAGCAUGCAUAUGCCUGUAAAUGGCAACAAGUCAAAUGGGUUUGCUUUUACUUCAGCACCAAAAUGCAGGACAAUCAAGGCCAUGGCAUCUCCAACUGUUUCUGCUCCGAAACGAGAAAAAGAUCCCAAGAAACGAACUGUAAUAACAGGAAUGGGUCUAGUCUCAGUUUUUGGAAGUGACAUUGAUACAUUCUACAACAAGCUCCUGGAGGGAGAGAGUGGGAUUACUCUGAUAGAUAGAUUUGAUGCUUCAAACUUCUCAGUUCGAUUCGCGGGACAGAUACGUGAUUUCUCUUCUAAAGGAUACAUUGAUGGGAAGAAUGAUCGCCGUCUUGAUGAUUGCUGGAGAUACGGUAUAGUUGCUGGCAAAAAGGCCCUUGAAGAUGCCAACCUUGGACCUCAAGUCCUUGAAACUAUGGACAGAACAAGGAUUGGAGUGAUUGUGGGGACUGGCAUGGGAGGCUUAACUGCUUUUAGUGCUGGAGUGGAAUCUCUUAUUCAAAAGGGAUACAAAAAAAUUAGUCCAUUUUUCAUUCCUUACUCCAUUACCAAUAUGGGGUCAGCUUUGUUAGCGAUCGACACUGGCUUAAUGGGACCCAAUUACUCCAUCUCUACUGCUUGUGCCACUGCAAACUACUGCUUUUAUGCAGCUGCAAAUCACAUUCGAAGAGGUGAAGCAGAUAUUAUGGUAGUUGGUGGGACUGAGGCUGCAGUCAUGCCUACUGGUGUUGGUGGUUUCAUUGCUUGCCGGGCUUUGUCUCAGAGAAAUGAUGAACCACACAGAGCUUCCAGGCCAUGGGACAAAGAUCGUGAUGGUUUCGUUAUGGGCGAAGGUGCUGGUGUACUGGUAAUGGAGAGCUUGGAAAGCGCAUUGAACAGAGGAGCACCGAUAAUUGCAGAGUACUUAGGAGGUGCCGUAACAUGUGAUGCUCAUCACAUGACAGAUCCUAGGUCAGAUGGUCUUGGAGUAUCAUCUUGCAUAACCAAGAGUUUAGAAGAUGCUGGUGUUUCCCCUGAAGAGGUGAACUAUGUGAAUGCUCAUGCAACAUCCACACUAGCGGGGGAUUUGGCUGAGUUUAGUGCAAUCAAAAAGGUUUUCAAGGACACAUCUGAGAUCAAGAUAAAUGGGACCAAGUCAAUGAUUGGACAUGGUCUUGGGGCUGCUGGUGGAUUGGAAGCCAUUGCAACCAUUAAAGCCAUCAACACUGGCUGGCUCCACCCAACAAUUAACCAAGAUAACUUGGAGCCUGCUGUUACAAUCGACACUGUCCCCAACGUGAAGAAGCAACAUGAGGUUAAUGUUGCUAUUUCAAACUCAUUCGGCUUUGGCGGGCACAAUUCCGUGGUUGUCUUUGCCCCUUUCAGUCCCUAA